CAGGACAAACUGUUCUUCUGUUGAAGCGCUAUAGCCGUGAGUCAACACGGACUUCCCAGACACAGAUCAUGCGCGUGAUAAUGAUGUGCCAUUACAUAAGCAGCGGCGAUGACUAUAUAGUGCGCAGAGCGGUCCCUCGAAAGCAACUAGGGCUCCUUUGUUGAUUGCAAACACACACACGGCGCGCACCGAGCCGCUCUUCCCCAUCGGUGGCCGCAUAGUUGUCUGAUGAGUCUGGAAUGUGGUUGCAUGCCUUACACAUGAGCUAUUAAUGAACACAGGCCCCAGUAGAGCACAGCCAGUGCGCUCAUUCACAGACGGGGAGGGAGCGAGCGAGCGAGCGAGCGAGAGGGAGGGAGGAGGCUCAACAAUAGAGAGGCAGGAGCUCGCCGAGCCAAAGUCAGAAGCGAAGAGACGCGCGAAGAGGAAAGAGUGCCUUUUGAUCUCCACCUCUGGUCCCUGUCCAGCGCUCGUGUGAGCUCCGAGUGGAUUGUGCGGGUUUUCUGCGCGUCUCCUGGAUGCCCGUUGACUUGGGGAUCCCUCCUCCGCUGUGGACAGACAUGCACGAGAGCGAGAUGAGGCUGAAGAUGCGCGUGAGGCGCAUCAAGGAAGGGCGAGAUCUGAGAGGUGGCUUUGCAGCUUUCUCGUCCUGUUUUCCUGACCUGUGUGAGAGUAAACCAGCCACUCUUCAACCUCUCAGUCUGUCCCAACCCUGUUUACCUGUGGCCAACGUCGGUCCCACCCGCAUUCUGCCCCACCUGUACUUGGGCUCCCAGAGAGACGUCCUCAAUAAGGAACUGAUGACUCAGAAUGGAAUCACCUACGUUCUAAAUGCCAGCAACACUUGCCCCAAACCUGACUUCAUCAGCGACAGACACUUCAUGCGCAUUCCCGUCAACGACAGCUACUGCGAGAAGCUGCUUCCAUGGUUGGAAAAAACCAACGAGUUCAUUGACAAAGCCAAGGUGUCAAACUGUAGAGUCAUCGUCCAUUGCUUGGCUGGCAUAUCCCGCUCUGCAACCAUUGCCAUUGCCUACAUCAUGAAAACUAUGGGCCUGUCUUCAGAUGAUGCUUACAGGUUUGUGAAGGACCGUCGGCCAUCAAUAUCUCCGAACUUCAACUUCUUGGGUCAGCUGCUGGAGUUCGAGAGAGGCUUGCAGAUGAAGAGGAGUCUACCCUGUGACCCUAUAAGGUUAGCAGGGAAGCCGACUGAAGAGGUGGCAGAGGUCCGAAAGAUGGAGAGCGAUCGCUGCGACCAGCGGACUUUACAAGCUGCAGAGAUCGCCCUAAAGCCUCCAUCACCUACCUCGCUGCGGAAAGACCUAAGCUCCCUUCACCUGUCCACCGAACGAAUCCUUCAAAACAAACGGCUCAAGUGCUCCUUCUCCCUUGACAUCAAGUCUGUCUACUCCUCGAACCAAAACCAGCAAUCUUCUCCCAACUCCUCAUCGGACUCGGAAAACCUGCCCAAACUCUGCAGGUUUGACAGUCUAAAGAACAGCAAUGGAGUAUGCCAGCACCCUUCAACGAGGAGCCACCCAAGCCCUACGGAGUUACAGUGUACUGCUGUGACUAGCAAGUCCAGGACGAGCCAACAAAGCGAGAGGUGGGAAAGCGGUGGCUCGGAGAGGUUAACUCUUUCCCUCAAACUGAAGCAUGGUAACUGCGGGCCAAGACCCCAGGAUCCCAUUUGCGAGACCAACUUGAAGGCGCCUUCUUUCCUCAGCUUGCCGCUGGGUACAUCUGCUUCUUGGACCAUACAUAGAGGCUCGAAUGAAGCCACCACCCCAAUCACACCCACGGGUGACUGCCAUUGGUUCUUAGGCACUAAUUUGGCACCAUCUGGAACAGGGAGCACUGUGCACUUUGGCAGCGGUCCUGCCUGCGCGGCUUACAGUUGCAGUGGCCAAGCUGGCAACUCCAAGCCCAGGGACAAAACGCCGGAGCCGCUGGACUUUCAAAGACACAGCUGGCUCGAGGACGGGAAAGCAGUAGUGUGCAGCGUAUCGCAAGUGGACACGAAGUACAAGCGCCGCAGCUGCCAGAUGGAGUUCGAAGAGGGUAUUAACACAACGCAAAGCAGCGAGGAAUUUGGGAAGCUGGGCAAGCAAUCCAGUUUCUCUGGUAGCAUGGAGGUCAUCGAGGUAUCCUGACAAAGAUGACAAUCCAACUCCAGUGAAAGCUGUUUAUUUAUCACAGUUCUGUUCUGUUGUUAAAGAGCUUUGCAUCUAAGAGCGACUUGUGUCUGACGCCUUUUUCAAACUAGGGUUGAAACGGUGUCGUUUAGGUAUAAAAGGAUACACUAAAGACGCUGUCCAUUUGGUUUUGCAAAAAGCCAAGUCUCUGGUAUGGUGCUGGACUACAAGUGUUUUUGAGGAGCUUAUAGACUAUGAUAUGCACUCACACCAAAGACCUCAGAGAGUGACCUUUUUCUGGCAUGCCAUCUUAUAGUACACUCAAAAUGAAGGAGCACGACGGAGGAUAUCCUUCUAGCAUGACUAUACAAAGACACUAAACAUGAAAGAAUGAAACGAGUGUGUGUAUGUGUGUGUUUAUGCUGGUUUUGAUGCAGAUUAGGGCAGUCGCACUUAACGGUGACUUCUGAGAGGGAACUGUAUGUAUGCCCAACUUUGAGAAGAUGUAAUUGCUGUGCGACGUUUAUUUUUCUGUCAUUGCCCAAUGUUCUAUUUAGCUAUAAAUUGAGUAAAUAAGGGCAGUUGCAUUCAGUAAUGUCACUAUUCAGUGUUAUAUAGUUUAUCAACAGUGUAAUAAAAGAGUGAAGAUAUGAAGUGUAUGUUAAAGCUGAGACACUCUCAGACCUACUACUGUGCACUGAGCAUGCUCAGAAUGGCUGGCUACCUACAAAUAGACAAGCUGCAUCCAGCAGCACUAUGUACUAAGCUGUAAAUCUA